AGGAAAGACCAAAGUCCUGUCGCUGCUCUCUGCCACCACAGCUCCUCCAGCUGUGUUUCCCCCUCGGUCUGGCGCAGGAUGUAGCCCAGAAUUUCUCCGUGAGCCUGCCGAGGGUGCGGGGAGGCGGAGACAGCCCCGGACGAGGGUGGGCAGCCCGAGCCCGGGGGCUGCGAGGCUGCAGAUCAGAAUGGUCUUGGCUCACUCCUUCACCGUCUCCCUACUGAAGUAAGGGCUGAAAAUUGCACAUCCUGGACAGGCUGCUCCUCGCUGCCCCACAGAGCCACCCUGGCCACCAGCCCACCUCAGUCUGCCACUGGACUCCGCAUUCCCGUUCAUGGCAAUGCCCCAGAACUCCACCAGAGAAAAUGGCUUUUGUUUCGCUCAGCCCCUCGACUUCUCCUGCCCGUCCCCCGGUCCCGGCGCGGCCGGCCGGCCCUUGGGUGCGCGGGGCGGGAGGGACGGCUGCAGCACCCCCCUGAGCAAUGGCCUCACACCCUCGGGGGCUCCCAGCCCCUCGGACUCCUGUGCCCAGCCCCUCUGCACGCCCACCCCGGCAGAGGAGGAGACGCCGCUCCAAGAAGGGAUUAAAUACGUCUCUGCCGAAGGCGAGGAGCUGGCCUGCGGCUGGGGGGGGUUCACCCCCGGCUGCUUGCAGCUCUGCAACACCUCCAAGGGGGUCUUGUUCUUCCUCUGCGUGGCCUCCUUCCUGCAGGGCAUGACCGUCAACGGCUUCAUCAACACCGUCAUCACCUCCAUCGAGCGCCGCUUCGACCUGCGCAGUUACCAGAGCGGGCUGAUCGCCAGCUCCUACGACAUCGCCGCCUGCGUCUGCCUCACCUUCGUCAGCUACUUCGGGGGGAACGGCCACAAGCCCCGCUGGCUGGGCUGGGGGGUGCUGGUCAUGGGCCUGGGCUCGCUGCUCUUCGCCCUGCCCCACUUCACCACGGGGCAGUACGAGGCGCGCUCGGCGGCCCAGGUGGGCGUCUGCGGCGGGAACCAGAGCCUGCCCUGCUCCCAGGCCGCCUCCAGCCUCUCGGGCUACAGGUUUGUCUUCAUGCUGGGCCAGUUCCUGCACGGCAUGGGAGCCACGCCGCUCUACACGCUCGGCGUCACCUACCUAGAUGAGAACGUCAAGACCAACUACUCGCCUGUGUACAUUGCUGUUUUCUACACUGCUGCAAUCCUUGGGCCUGCAGCGGGUUAUCUGGUAGGAGGAAUGUUUCUAAAUAUUUAUACUGAAAUUGGCAGAGAGAUCGACAUCGCCCCCGAGAACACGCUGUGGGUGGGGGCCUGGUGGAUCGGAUUCCUGGGGGCUGGAGCCGCUUCCCUGCUCAUCUCCAUCCCCAUCCUGGGCUACCCCCAGCGCCUCCCAGGGUCCCAGCGCUACAUCGUUAUGAGGGUGUCAGAGGCUCAUCAGCUGAAGGAUGGGAGCCACAAGAAAGCGUCGGAUCCAGACUUUGGGAAAACAGUGAAGGAUCUGCCUCGGUCAGUGCUGCUCCUUCUGAAGAACCCCACCUUCAUCUUCCUCUGCUUAGCAGGAGCAACUGAAGCGACCCUCAUUGCUGGGAUGUCCACAUUUGGACCCAAAUUCCUGGAGUCUCAGUUCAGUUUAAGUGCCUCUGAAGCUGCCACCUUUUUUGGUUACCUGGUUGUGCCAGCUGGAGGGGGAGGCACAUUCCUGGGAGGAUUCCUCGUGAAUAAAUUUAAACUGCGCUGUUCAGGAAUCAUCAAGUUGUGUUUGCUUUGCACAGUGUCAAGUCUGCUGGCCAUAUUUAUUUUUUUUAUCCACUGCCCUAACAUGCCCAUGGCAGGAGUAACCCAGAUGUACGAUGGAAGUGCCUUGCCAGGUGGGCACCUCAACCUGACAGCAGCCUGCAAUGCGCAGUGUGGCUGCCUGCAGGACACCUACAGCCCUGUCUGUGGCACUGAUGACAUCAUGUACUACUCCCCCUGCCACGCCGGCUGCAAGAGGGUGGCUGAAAACCUCAGGAAUGGCAAGAAGGUCUACCACGAGUGUAGCUGUGUUGACAAAGCCUUCCUGCCUGGCUCUGGCAAAGCAGAGGCAGGGAAAUGCACCUCCUCCUGUGCAAAAAAGCCCUUGCUCCUGUGCUUCAUGUUUGUGGUCAUCCUCUUCACCUUCCUGAGCAGCAUUCCUGCCCUGACUGCCACUCUGAGGUGUGUCUCUGACAGACAAAGGUCCUUUGCCCUCGGGAUCCAGUGGAUCGUGGUACGAACACUAGGAGGCAUCCCUGGCCCCAUUGCCUUUGGAUCCAUGAUUGACAAAUCCUGCCUGCUCUGGCAGGACCAGUGUGGUGAGCAGGGCUCCUGCUACGUUUACCAGAACUCAGCCAUGAGCCAAUACACCCUCGUCGCUGGGCUGGUCUACAAGGUCCUCGGGACAACCUUCUUUGUAGUGGCCUGUUUACUCUACAAACCCCCACCCCUGGAGUCAGCCCCAGGCAGCUCGGAUGCAUCCGAAAAUGGCACCAGUGACCUCCAGGAGCACAAGCCUUCACUGCCAGCUGAAGAGGAUAUAUAGUGCUGUCCACGUGCAAGUGACUUUCUCAGCCUCAGAAACACCAUGAGAAGACUUUAUGCAGUCUCCCAAGGGGUUUUUAAAUCAACAGUAAUAUUUUAAAUUUUUAUUCUUUUUUUUUUUUUUAGUUGAAGAUAAAUAAUUUAAUUAA